AUGAUCAUAGAGAAAAUAUUUAUUAUAUUCAAACAAAAGAGUCUUGUUUAUGUUGGUAGUAGCCUUUUCUACUUUUUAUACAGAGCAUUUUUCAGUGAUAUGUUAAAGGCUUUUGUCCUUUUUGGAAAACUUUUUUUUUGUUUUCGAUUGUUUAUUUUGCUUCGGUUUAACUGCUAUAAUUUAGCUUCCUGGAGCCCUGUCAUUAUUAUCUCUGUCUCUAUCUUUUUCUCUUAUCUAUUUGUAUCUAUUUACUGCGUAUUUGUGCUAUUUCUUUUCAAAGAUGCAAAGCCACAUUUUAUGUAA